AUACUUGUCAAUCUGCGUAAAAAUCCACAGACAGGUGAAGUAUCUACUGAGAAGCAUUUGUUACCAAGAGGCGGUUUCUUUAAUUUGAUCUCAUCACCGCAUAUGUUUUUCGAAAUUGUUAUGUAUGCGGUUUUAUUGAGUCUAUUGCCCAGAUGCACUUCAUGGUAUUUUAUAGUAUUUUGGGUACUCAGCAAUCAGACUAUGAAUGCGCUACUUACGCAUAAAUGGUACAAGGAUAAUUUUAAAGAUUAUCCUAAAAAUCGUCGUGCACUUUUCCCACUCGUCCUGUAGAUCAUAUCAAAUCUGUUAAUAAUAGUCUUA